AUGCCUCGACUAUGGCCGCGUCACGGUGCCCGAGAACACAGUCUUACCGAUGACAGUGACUUUCGCUCGCCCAAAUCUGACUAUGAUCAUGCCAUUGACAAAGGGACUGUACAGACUCCAAAUCGCUCAGAGACGUCCGAGUCCUUGGGAAGUCGGUCUUCAAUGAUACGGCGGCACAUAGCUGCAGUAAAUAUCUGGCGAAUAUCGUGCAUAGUACUCCAUGCCUUUCUAGUCGUGAUACACAUUGUUCUAUUGGGCAUUGGCGCUGGAGGACACCCUGAACACCAGAUUAUAGUCCAGGAGAAUAGAGCGACGCUUGUAACCUCCAUUCUUGGAGCGGUUACUCAGACUUUCGCAACGGCUUACACGGCCCUCCUAGUCUUGGUGGCCCAAAGACUCUCGAUUCGACAUAGCCUUCUUUCCUCCCAAAACUUGACGGUGACACACGAUCAGACCACGGCUUGGACUGGAUUUGGGGCUAGCAUCUUGACUGUCUUGCGCCAAUUUCAGCUUCCUGCAUCUGUUGGGAGCGUCCUCCUCAUAUCUUCGUACCUGGGUGGUGCAACAGUUCUCCAUAUCACGACGCCGCAAUUCUUCGACUUGAAACCCCUCUAUCUUGAUGAAACCUCUUCCACUACCACGACUCUAGCAGUGCCUAACCUGACUGCCUCUGCAGCGUCAGGAAUGGAUUGGAGUGACUUCUCGACCCUGGUCCCUAUGCUUACGCGAUUGAACACGCUAUCAACACUCGGCCUUGUGAACAACACCCUGUAUGAUGUCUUGGACACAAAUAACGGCACCGGUGGGGUUCAGGUGAAUUCGACGCGGUUUGAGGUGUCAUGCGGCUACGUCCCAGGUUCCAACCUCACCGCCGCGCCUGAUGCAUCAGCCUCAACCGAUGUCAAUGCUACCCUAUACCUGAUCGGCGGAUCGGAGAAGCAGGGAGGUUCCGCGUACACCCUCGCCCUAGCACCAAACGUGGUCCGGGCUACUGCUGCCUCUAACGCAAAACACCUCUUCAUAAUAUCAACAACAAAUUUUACAGACUCUGCAGGCAGUAUAGGCAGUACUGUUCAAGCACAGCCACCCAUGCUCUCAGAGUUUCACGGUAGUGAUGUGAAUGUUACGAACGACACCAUGGUGUGGGCCGUGCAGUUCAUCGGCUGCUCGCUAAAAGCAACCGAUGAACAAAUGACCGUGGAUGCCCAAACGAAACUCCCAACAUCUCAGGCUACACUUGAGACUGACUCUGGCACCUGGUCUGCAUGGAAUGCGAGCACGACCGAUACGAAUAGCGGCGCAUUCUAUGAUGACUGGACAGAUAUAUUCACCUAUAGUAAACUGUCGUCCUACGAAGCAGUCUCUGGCUGCUCAGAUUAUCAGGUCUCACAAGCAGAUGCACCACAUUGCUAUCUCACUACUAUGGAACAAUCACUGUUACAGAACUUGAAUCUAGUUCCAGAUAUCUUCUCCGUUUUACCCAAUCAGGCUUCUGGCUCUACAAUAGUAAACACUCUCCCGUUGAGUGACCUAGAGAAUGCGAUAGCCAGCUCAGUUGCAGCUGCUUACUGGUCUGCUCUUUAUCUCAAACCGUCGAGUAUCGCACCCGCGAAUCUGAACUCAGGAGGUUCUACGGCAACGAGCAAUAUCAGGCAGCAAGGGAGAGCAAGUAUCCCUGUUCUCAGACCCGCAUAUUGUUUGAAUAUCAAGAUCGCAGGAGUCAGCGUAGGCCUCGGUGUCUCAAUCUUCUUGGCUAUUCUCGCCGUCAUUCUUACCCGCACGCCGCCCAACUCCGAAACGAACAAUCCGGUCGAUAGCACAGGGAUCCUCGAGAUCGGUUGGAUAUUACGUUCGAGGCCUGAAAUCCAGCAGAGAUUAGGGCAGGUGAACGAGCCGAGUACGAAUAAUCUGAGGAAGGCGGCCAUGUUUCCUAUUGUGCUUGCCCAUGUCGGUGCUGGUGAGAUGGAGCAUGGAGGAGAUGUAGACAGAGAGGGCGAAGGUGAGACAGGGUAUGCAGCGUACAGAGGGAGCGGUUCGGAAUUUGUCCCAUUGAGGAGGAUUGGCUCGGAUAGAGAAUGA